AUGACUUUAUAAUAAUAAUAAUCGAGGUCAAGAUCGACAUACUAUUCUGAGAGUUGUAAAUCUAUAAACUUAAUUAAGAACUAUAGAUUGACAAGGAACUGUUAAACAAUUCAAAUUUGCUAUAUCAAAUAAUAUAAAUUAUAAUAUAUAUGCUUGCAAUAUUCAUUAUAAUAUUACCUUUAUCAAAUUCUCAAAAGUGUUCAUGUAAUGAAAUCUACUUUGAGGAUUUGUGUUAAGAAGCCAGAGGAUGUGCUUACGAUGUCAAGUCUGGAUUUUGUGAAGAAAUUUAAUGCAUUGAUAGAAUGAUUGAUGAUUGCUUUUACUUUGCAGGAAAAAUCAGAUGUUAUUGGGAUAAUAAUAUUGGAUUCUGUUAGGAACUGUCAACUUGUGAGUAGUUUCAAGAUUUGGCAGAAAAAGAUACAUAUAAAGAAUAAUGUUUAGAAAUAAAUUGUUUUUGGGAUUAUUAAGAUUAAAUAUGUGUAUCAAAAUCUGA